UAUUUGUUGACAUUCACCGUUAAAUACGGUUUUAAAAAGAGGUUGGUCUAUGAGCUGCUAUUGACCAACCGCUAUAAUAACUAUGAUUUUUACAAAAUCGUUUCCAAUAUACUUUUUACUGUUCUUCAUAGUUCUUAGAAAAGUUAAAUCACAAGAAAGUCUUUCUGCUGUCUGGUGUGUUGUAAGUGAAGAAGAGCAAAAGAAAUGUACUGAGUUUUCAAGAGCUGUAAAUAGAACUUUUGAUUUGAAAACAAGUCUAUCAUGCCAUCAAGCAGCAGAUAAAGAUCAAUGUAUGACUCUCAUUGAAGCAGGUAGAGCUGAUUUGAUAAUGCUGGAACCUGGAGAAGUGUAUAUAGCUGGUCGUUAUAAUAGCUUGGUGCCUAUUAUGGCUGAGCGGUAUGAAUCAGAUGAAGCUGAUGGCUAUUAUGCUGUUGCUGUUGUUAGAGAUACAUUUAAUAUAAACACACUAACUGACUUGAAAGGGAAAAGGGCCUGUUUUCCAGGUGUUGGACAAAUGGCUGGCUGGAUGAUUCCUAUUUCUACUCUAAUUGAUGCGGAUGUUAUGGAAGUGAAGGAUUGCAAUAAUCUUAUAAAAACUGCAGCUGCCUUUUUUGGCCCUAGUUGUGCUCCAAAUUCUCUGAUUGAUAAAUAUAACCCAACUGGUGACAAUCCUUUGCAUAUGUGUGAACUUUGUGUAGGAGAUAAAAGUACACAUUGUUCUGGAAGUGAUCCAUAUGCUAAUUUUGAUGGUGCAUUUAACUGUUUUAUUAACAGAGGUGAUAUUGCUUUUCUAAAGCAUACUACAGUUGACGAAAUGACCAGUUCUCGAGAUUAUAGGGGACCUAGCAAAAACAAAUUAAAACUUGUUUGUCCAAAUGGUUUCACUGCUCCAGUAGAUUUGUAUAAGAAUUGCAAUUGGGGAUAUGUUCCAGCUAAUGCUAUUGUUACAACAUCUGCUGCCUUGCCUGAAAGAAAAAUUCAAUAUCAGGAUUUCUUGUCAUGUGUUGCUUCAGCUUUCGGCCCAAAAUGGCGAGAAAGUGGGCGAAGGUGUAGGAAUUUAAGAAGAGGGAAUUUGAAUGGAGAGUAUUCAGUAUUUGGAUAUAAUGCCUCCUACAAGGGACAUAAUUUGCUUUUUCAAGAUUUGACUGUAGAUCUGGUUCGAUUGGAGGAAAGCCAGCAAACAUUUUCGAGAUACAUAGGAUCUGUGCAACAUAGUUUUAGGCAGAAGGUUGAAAAAUGUCCUAUCCCAUCUGCAAGACUGUGUGUUGUAUCUGAUCAGGAAAUGAAGAAAUGUCAAAAAAUGAAGACAGCCUUCAGAGCUCGAAUGUUGAGACCUGAUAUUGUGUGUGUAAAGGGCUUUAGUCAAGUAAAAUGUAUGCAGUUGAUUAGGGAAAACACUGCUGAUCUUGUUGUUCUUGAUGCUGGGGAUAUUUAUCGAGCUGGACAGAAAUAUAAUCUCAUGCCAAUUAUUGCAGAACAGUAUGAUUUAGAGGAGCCUGCAUAUUAUGUUACUGCAGUUGCUAGACAGCCUGAUAAAGAUACAGAUCUGUUAUAUCUAAAGGGUAAACGAUCGUGCCACACUGGCAUUGGCAUGGCAGCUGGGUGGGUGGUGCCUAUGAGCUUUCUUCUUUCUAGCGAAAGAAUGCGAUCCUACGGAUGUGAUUCAGCACAUGCAGCUGCUGAAUUUUUUCAGAAAAGUUGUGUGCCAGGUGCAUUGUCCAGAGAAUACACUGUUGGAGAUGCACAAUAUAACACUCUCUGUGAUUUAUGCCAUGGUACAAGCUCACAUUUCUGCUCAAAGAGUUCUCAAGAACCAUUUUUUGGUGAUACAGGUGCUUUAAGAUGCCUUGUGGAAGGUGGAGGUGAAAUUGCAUUUGUAAAACAUACCUCUAUAUUAGAAAAUACUGCUGGGAAAAAUCGAGAAUGGUGGUCUCGUCCCAUGAUGCCAGAUGACUUUGAACUGCUUUGUCGAGAUGGAACCAGAGCAGCUUUUGACAAGCAUAAAGAAUGCAAUCUUGGAAAGGUUGCUUCUAAUGCUAUAGUUACUGAUCGUUUCAAGCCAAAAGAGUAUGUAAAUGCAUACAUUGAUUUGUUUCUGUAUGCACAAGAAUUUUAUGGGUCUAAAUAUAGUGAAGAAUUUACUUUUAAGAUGUUUGUAUCUGAAGAGGGUUACAGUGAUUUAAUAUUUCAGGAUGCCACCCAGCAGUUAAAGGUGGUUCCUGAGUCAAAACGUGAUUAUCGUUUUUACUUAGGUCAUGAAUUUUUACAAGCAGUAAGAAUAGUUGAUUGCACAGCAGCAUCUUCUCAUCUUCAAGCAUCUCUUUUAUUUAUUAUAUUGGGUCUCACAUUAAUAUAUUUCUGAUCAGAUUUUUGAAAAAAAUUAUACUUUAUCUUAAUUUAGUUGAAAAACAUGCAAUAAAAGAUCAAAAUUAUACACAACUUGAGAUCUAAGGUUGUGAUUAAAAAAUAAAUCCAUAAAAAGCAUAUAAAAGUAAUUAAUUUCUUUUUGACUUUUUAUAGAGAAAUGUAUGUAUAUUAUAAUUCAUGCAAAAAAAUAAAGAAAAAAACAAUUUUUUAUAUUUUUCAGAUUUAUAUUUAUGAUAGUGUGUUUUAAAAAAGAAUAUAGUAGUUUGAAUGGCCUUUUAUUUCUUAAUCAGGCCACAGUUUUUUGUUCUAAUUUGUUUCUUCACAGUUACUCAUUUGUUAAAAGGAAAACUGAAAGUUCAUUUAGAACUUGCCAUUCUGAUAUAAAAAAAAAAAUCACAGUAAAAAGUCACUGGAUAAAAAAUAUUGAGUCACAGUAUUUACCAUGGUUCGGGGGGGGGCAGAGUUGUGUCUUUGGCAUACUUGCAAAUGUUUUAGCUGGCUUCAUUUGUGGAUGAUUACCAAAAUUCCAGUUACUUGUUCUAGUUAUAAGUUUAAGGACUUUUGGUAAAAUUUUAUUUAAUAACAGUUUUAAAAGCGAUAAUCAAUAGAAUAGGGUAGUUUGUUUCGAUAGUGAUUGAAAAAACUUUGUAUCAGCAAAGCCGUCCACAUUUUAUUGUUUUCAUCUGAGUGGCUGUGCAGAUUUUAAAUCAGCAGAGUUUUGAUCUUUUACUGCAGUUCUGUAUCAAUCAUUACAGAAAUUAUAUUCAAAAUCUUCACAUGUUUUAAGUUAAUUAAUUCUUCAUAAAAUGUAGAUGAAUGUUUUAGCAAUGACUUUUAUUUUCAUUAUUCAUAGUUAUUUUAACUAGAUGAUUAUUUUAUUUUAAGUAAGGACUCUUAUCCUCUAAUUAUUUUCAAGGUUAUCGAGUUUUGCAGUUAACUUAUUAAUUUUGUUUAAUUGUAAAUUCUUGGAUUUUAUGUUUUACAAUAUUUUAUCAGUUGAAUGGUUGUAUAUUCGUUUUUUUGUUAAUCUCUACAAAGUUGGCAGAUUAAUCAGCUCCUGUCUUUGAAAAAAGAGGGAAGAAGAUUUGUUUAUUGUGAAAUGAUGAAAAAAUUUUUAUUACAAUUCAUCAUUAUGAAGCAAAAUUGUCUGCAGAAAAAAGAAAAGGUCUGGGGGGAGUUAACAGCAGUGAUAGCAGAUGAUGUCUGCCAGAUGAACUCUGCCAAUCAAUAGAAAUUUUUUAUGAGUUUAAAUUUUGUAACAUUGUUCAAAUUGUAAACUGUCUGUUACUAUCUUAUAAAUAUUGUUCUUUAAUAUCAUUUAGAACUUAGUUUUUAAUUUUAAAUAUUGUUUAUUCUUCCUUUAUUUAUUAUCCUUUUGUAUUGAAUACUGAUUGAAUUUACAAGCCUAAAUGAACUUAUUCUCUGGGUUAAACUGCAUGAAAAUACAGCAAAUAUUAUUAGUUUAUUAGUUAUAAUAUCGGUUAUUUAUUUUUCUGUGUCUUUUCAAUUGCUCAUGGUUUAAUCAUGAUUUUUAAUUAAUAAUCGACAUUGUCAUCAAUAUUACUCCAGUUAAUCAGGAGUUGAUUGUAUUCUUAGAAAAGUAGAAACUGAUCAGCCUCAAAUCAUCCUCUCUGACUCAGUGCAGGAGUGAAAGCCUAAACAAUUUCUGUGAUACUUAACUUUUAACAGAGUAAACUGACAUGUUUACUUUUAUAAAAGAUGCUGCAAAGAUGAUAAGCUUUCUAUGAAACCAUGAAUUUGAGUACUUUAUUAAUCAUAUUGAGAAAAAGGUGCUUUUGCAUUUUUAUUUCUUUGUCUCAUUACUGAAACCAGUUUUAAGAUCUUGAACUCUAUUCUACAAGUAACUGAUUUCACUUAGUUGAUGUUUUAAGGAUAAGAGCAUUGAUUUGUAAUAAAAUGUUGGUUUUAAAUUAUUUUAAUCUUGAGCUUUUAAUCGCUGAUACCUUUUAAGGCAGUAGUUUCCACUUAUGGCUUAGGUAUCAAACACAGAUUUAUAUUCAAAAGUAGCAGAGGGUUGAAUUUUAAUCAGAUUGUUCUGGGCAUUAAUUAUCAUUAAUUAUUAAGGGAAUCCUCGAUAAGGAUGAGACACUUUUAUUGAUUAAACAUGAACUAAUAAUGAUAAAUAUGUAAAUGUUUCAGGUUGUUAUGGUAGCAGUAGUUCUUUCCAUCAAAAUAACAGCAGUUUCAAUUAAAUGCUGAAGCCAAAUAUAAAAUGGUUAUUAGCUGUUAAGAAGCAAAUAGUAUGUUUUUAUAAUUGAAAUUUAAAAAAAGAAAGCCAAACUGCUGUGUUUAACCCUUUGCGACACGCAUAUUUAAAAUAUAUUUUAAUCUUUAAAAAUAUGCCUUAGAAUAAGUCAGAUGGACUUACUUA